AUGGCUUCGCCCUCAGCCACAGACUCUCCAGAAGAGGAGAGCACCGAUGUCCGCGAGGUGACGCAAGCAGAGACGAGAGCGGCCGUGUCGCGACUCCGGGCUAAGAACACAGCGUCCGGACCCGACGAAGUUCCUGGUCGAGCUCUCGUUCUGGCUCUGAAGGAGCUAGAGCCCCAGCUGAGGGGGCUCUUCACGGCAUGUCUCCAGCAGGGUCAGCUUCCCAGUGUGUGGAAGGAAGGGAGGCUGGUCCUGCUCAGGAAGGAGGGGCGCCCCGCGGACUCACCGUCCGCGUACCGGCCCAUAGUGCUGCUCGACGAGGCGGGCAAACUUUUUGAGCGAAUCAUCGCAGGUCGCCUCGUCAGCCACUUGUGCAGAGAGGGACCGAACCUGGACGAGAAUCAGUUUGGUUUUCGUCGCGGGCGCUCCACCAUAGAUGCUAAUACGCGCGUGAGGGCCCUGGCGGAGGAGACAGUAUCCCAGGGUGGGGUGGUGCUGGCGGUGUCUUUAAAUAUCUCCAACGCCUUCAACACCCUACCCUGGAGUUGUAUUCGGGAGGCGCUGAAUUACCAUCGCGUGCCUCCCUACCUCCGCCGCACAAUAGGGGCUUACCUUGAGGAGAGAUGCGUCACGUAUUGGGGACGUGACGUCGCUGGUCAGCGCGUCAUGUCGUGCGGUGUUCCGCAGGGAUCGGUCUUCGGGAGUGGUCCCACUCCUGUGGAACAUCGGCUACGACUGGGUGUUGAGAGGUGA